AUGGCGUACGAGCUGAAGUACGGCAGUCAUGUCGACGUUGAGCCAUCGUCACCCGACGAUGGCACUUUCGCAGGGCCGGACUGUACGCAGGCCGACCAGGUGGACAUGCGAAGACUGGGGAAGAAGCAGGAGCUUCGACGCAAUUUUCGCUUCACCAGUAUUCUGGGUUUCGUGGCCGUUGCAAUGGGAACUUGGGAGGUCACCCUGAGUGCCACCGCUGCGGGACUCACCAACGGUGGUACGGGAGGUAUGAUCUGGAUGUUUGUGGGAAGUUUCAUCUGCUUUGGAACGAUUGUGCUGUCUCUGGCUGAGAUGAGCAGUAUGGCGUAUGUCAAUUGGAACGAUCGUCGAAGUCAAGGAAAAAGCUAAUUGUGUGAUAGUCCUACCGCUGGCGGACAGUACCAUUGGGCCUCGGAAUUCGCCCCAAGAUCGCAUCAAAAGUUCAUCUCGUACAUCGCGGGCUGGAUGAGCACCCUUUCCUGGCAAUGCGGAACUUGUUCGGGCAUGUUCCUUCUCGGAACGCAAAUCCAGGGUCUUAUCGCCAUCACUCAUCCGGACUAUUCGGCGCAGCCAUACCAAGGAUACCUUAUUGUCAUCGGCAUGGUCAGUCUGGGCCUUCUCAUCAAUACUUGGGGAGCUAAGCAGUUGCCGUUGAUUGAAGGCAUCCUUCUCAUCUUUCACGUCAUGGGCUUUGCGACCAUCGUUAUUGUCCUGUGGGUGCUUAGUCCGAAGAACACCACGAAGGAAGUCUUUACAACGUUUGAGAACAAUGGCGGGUGGUCUGGCAUUACCUUGAGCAUGUUUGUUGGUCAAGGUAGGUUGUCAUUGGUUAGUGCUUGCGAUUGAUGCUGAUCUUUAACAGUCACUUCCAUCUACGGACUCAUCGGCUCAGAUGGCGCCGCGCAUAUGGCUGAAGAGACUCGCGACGCCUCGGCCAUUGUUCCUCGCUGCAUCAUUUGGUCCUACCUGCUAAAUGGUGGCAUGGGCUUCGUCAUGCUCAUCACCUACUGCUACUGCCUCACCAACGUUGAUGCAGCGAUCAGUUCGGAGAGUGGCUUCCCGUACAUCUACGUCUUCCAGACUGGCACAGGCUCCACAGGCGGAGCCAUCGGACUCACGGCUAUCAUUCUCGUUCUUGGAAUUGCCGGUGCUACCUCUUUCUUCGCCAGUACUUCUCGACAGACAUUCGCUUUUGCCAGAGAUAAUGGGCUGCCCGGAUACAAUUGGAUUGGGACUGUUCAUCCGAAACUGCAUAUUCCUCUCAAUGCGAUCUUGGUAACGUACGGAUUUACGAUCCUACUGUCUUUGAUCAAUUUGGGGAGCACAAUCGCAUUGUAAGUUGUCUGUCCACCGCUUCCGUGUCAUGCUCGCUGACACAUCAUCUAGUAACGCCAUCAUCUCCCUCCAACUCCUCGCUUUGAUGGCCACAUAUGCGAUCUCCAUCGGCUCCAUUGCCCUGAAGCGCAUUCGCGGAGAGAAGCUGCCACGCUGCCGAUGGUCUUUGGGACAUGCAGGUCUCCCGAUCAACCUUUUUGCUUUCGUCUACAGCUGCUGGGCAAUGGUAUGGGUCUGCUUUCCAGUGACAACUCCUGUUGAUGCCAGCAGCAUGAACUACGCCAUUGUCAUGUUCACUGGUGUUUUCGUCAUAGCACUGAUAACGUACGCGGUUCAAGGAAGGUAUGUGUAUGCAGGUCCGGUUGUCUGUGUGGAGGAAUUGGAUGGGAGAACAUUUUGA